CUCGGCUGAUCCGGCUCCGAGCGCAAGAGCCGAAGCAGGGAGUUCGCCGCGGCGGGCGGGCGGGCAGCUGGCAAGGAAGACCCGGGGACCUCUGUCGCCGCCGCGCGCGGGCUGUGCCCUCCCUGCCCGGCACCAUGCGCCCGGCGGAGCGAGCCUGCCUCCUGCUUGCGCUCCUGCCCGCCGCCUUGCUAGCCCUGGCGCCGCCGCCCGCCGCCAUCCCUACCGCCGCCAGGAACGCCAGCAGCAGCAGCGGCGGCGGCGGCUCCCGCGACCGGGGACUCGCCGCCUCUCCGCCGCCGCCGCUGCCGCCCACCGGGAAUCACAGCCGUGGCGGUGCCCAUCGCAGCCCGGUCCUGGCGCUGCUGCACGACUUGCCGGCGCUCAAGGCCGCCGUCAUCGGAGCCUGCGCGGCCAGCGCCUGCCUGGUGACCUGCCUGCUGUUCCGCGUCUGCAGGUCUAGCAGGAGGAUUAAAAAGCCCCGCAAAUAUGAUAUCAUCACAACUCCUGCAGAACGCGUGGAAAUGGCCCCCUUAAAUGAAGAGGAAGACGAAGAGGAAGAUGCCACAGUGUUUGACAUAAAAUAUAGGUGAGACUGUUGGACCAGACUUCUCAGGAACGUUAUCCCCUGUAGAAAGUUAUGAAGACCCUUGGAAACAAAGGACAGGUGGAGAAAAAAAAAUUGCAUCCACAACACUUGGCUCUUCCCUCUUCUAAACAGAAAAUAGUGAUGCUGGAUUUGGCAAUUGGCACGUUCCUAAUAAACAUGACUGUUACAUUCCUGGCGGAAUGAUGUGAGGAACUGAGGGACAUCCUCUUUCUGAACUUCUUUUUAAGGCUGAAGACAAUCCUUCUGUUUUACUGUUGCUUCAGAUGCCUCUAACAAAUUAGAGAAUAGAGGUCAGCCAUAAGCAGCAAUGUCGAUUCGGCGAUUCAGAGCCAGCCAAGAGAUUCUUUGCUCAAAAUAUUAAAGUAGACAGAUGGACUUUGACUGCAUUCUGGGAUUGGUCCUGGGUCAGCUAAAAUGUUUGCUCAUCUUGUAUACAAGUUGGAAUUUGUAUCAACUGGGCUGAAAUUGUUUUGCAAGGGUUCUAUGUACAGUAUAUUUGUGCUGGGUGGGGAAGGAUUUGGAUGGGCAACACAUUCAGUAGAUAACUGUGAUGCCUUGCUAUUAAUGAGGACAAGCACACUGCUGUAUUAAUUUACAGUAAGGCUCGCUGUUUUUACAGGGAGUUUUCCCCAACCUCUUUUUUUUUUAAUUCCAGAAGGUGAGUUCUGGACAGCAAGGGAAAACAGAAUACAGUACUCAAUUUCAGGAGAGAGGAAAUUAUUUUUAGUUCUCUGCAUCUCAUUCUUACAGAGAGAACUACUUUUACAUAUGCACUCUUUUGCUUUCUAUAGCUUCUUUUAGUCUUUUCAUUUCAAAACAAUUAGCAGUCAGAUUACUGAAUUGGAAGAAGAGGUUUUGCCUUCAUGCCAGAAUGGUCCCAUCUGUUCUCAACAACAGAAACUUCCCCAACCUGGUUUCUCUGGAGAAGUGUUGGGUUUUUACUGACUGGCAAUUAGGACAGCUGAAACUCAACAUCGAGUGUCUAAAUAGCAGCUUCAGUCAUUCCAUCUUGGUUUGAACAUUUCUUAGCUGUGCACUGUUUCUUUUUUUUCCUUUUAAUUAUAUCAAAGAAAUGAAUAUAAGGCAAAACGGAU